CCACAAAGAAAAUAUGUACAUGUUUACACGGCCAGGUGUCCUUUCCCAUUACAGAGGCUCCGACUGCUUUCGCAAGUAUGCAAACAAUGUGGUGCAAAGAACCCAGAGGCACUCACCUCAACAAGAUUGCGGAAACAAGUCGCCACUUUGUCCACACUACUAAACCUCAAAGAAAAUGAAAUGGAUCAACUUGCCACCUUUCUAGGACAUGACAUCCGUGUCCAUAGAGAAUUCUAUCGGUUUCCAGAGAGUACCCUGCAGCUCGCAAAAGUCAGCAAACUGUUGAUAGCAAUCGAAAAAGGAAGACUGCCUUACCUGCAGGGGAAAGGGCUGGAUGACAUUGAGGUCAAUCCUGAAGAUGAAGUAGAAAUGAGUGAUGAUGAUUCCAGUGAAGAAACCAUUGCUGACCUACAUCAAUGCAAAGGCUCAACAACAGAGACUUCUAGGGACCAGACACUUCUGAGGCAAACACCAGAGUCAACCACCCUGGACAACAUGGAGGGCACUUCUGAGUCAACCACCCUGGACAACAUGGAGGGCACUUCUGAGUCAACCACCCUGGACAACAUGAAGGGCACUCCUGAGUCAACCACCUUGGAUAACGUACACAUGAGCAACACACAACCAAGACAUGGUAAAAUAGUCACAUCCCAAGCAUCCUCAAAGUGCUCCAAAGGAAAGCAAGCUGUGAAGGUGAGAAGCAAGUGGACAGGUGAUGAAGUGAAAGCUGUUGAGCGGCAUUUGCUUCAUUUCAUAACAAGCUGCAGAAUACCAGGUAAAAGGACUGUGACUCCUGCCUCCAAGCAGAGCCAGUAGCUCUGAAAGACAGAGACUGGGUUGCUAUCAAAUACUACAUCCACAACAGAAAUGUAGCAUUAAAAAGGAAGAUGAAUAGAUAGAACUAGAGCAUGCCAACUGUAGCUCAGGUACCAUUCAAUUCCAAUUUCAAUCAGCUUCUCCUCAGAUAGUGUUAAUAUCUGUGGGUUUCAUGUUCAUAUUAUUUUAUUUUCCUUAAAUGAUUUAUAUUGUUGGUUCUUGUACAAACAUGCCACAUAGGCUCGACUGUAGAUCCCACAUGUUUGUAUGUUUAUGUAUAAUUGAGGGCUAUUAAUGAGCAUAUGUUUGCCACUUAUGGUCACAUUUUUUUGGGAUAACAGUUGAUGAUAUAGGUUAAUACUCUGCUCUCAUUGACAGGGAAAAGAGAUAAACAGUACUUAAAGGGAUUGUUAUUGUUCCUAAGUUUUCAGAAGCACUUUGUUCUUAACCACAAGUUGUUGAAUGUGGCAAGGUGUUUAAAUUACUGUUAAACUAUUACCAUUUCAAUGGGUGCUUGUAACAGGCCUUGUGUAUGGUAACUUGCACUAUGUAACUAUGAUGUAAAUCCCUAUGUUAUUUAGACAGGUUAGCUGAAUAUACACUGUCAUGUUUCAUAGAAGCUGGAUGCUUUAAUAGAGAGUUUCUCAUUCAUUUCAAACAUGCCAUUUCUACUGCUUUGUGCAUAGCAGGGAAGGAGGCAAAGUGUAGGUGGUCUAUUCUGGGUGUUCAAUUGAUUUGUUAAUUUGCAUAUUUUCGCUGGCACUCAAUAAAAGUAAGGCAUAAAGUGUU